CGGGAUUUGGUUCCCUUCUUCUACAUGCGCAGUAGCUCAGUCCUUUCCACGUGCGGUCACACUGUUGUUGGCCCCUUCCCAGUCUGUUUCUGUUCCAUCUUUCCCACACGCUGGGCUGCACUUUGGCUCCUUGCACAUUGUGCUUGAGUUACAUCUUAUUCAGUUGUUUUCGGCUACUUUAAGCGGAGGCAAUGGGUGACGAGUGGGGUUCCGGAGGCGGCGGCUUCGGUAGCAGCGGUAAUGACAGUGGUUUUGGAGGAACCGAUGGCGGUUUCGGAGGUGAUGGUGGCUUCGGCGGCGGAGGACGUGGAAGAGGUCGCGGCCGUGGAGGUAGCCGUGGCGGUGGUCGAGGUGGCGACUCCAAUGGAUUCGGCGGUGGCGAUGGUGGCUUCGGCGGUGGCAGUAGCUCAGGUGGAUUUGGUGGUGGUGGCAGCAGCUCUGCUGGUGGUGACAAUAUUGUCCAGGUUCCGUCAGGUGAUGUUCGCAAGAUCAUUGGCAAGGGCGGUAGUAAGAUCAAGGAAAUCCAGGAUACUAGCGGUGCCCACGUGAAUAUCAAGAAAGACUCGGCUGGUGAAAUGACGGAUGUUGAGUUGGAAGGUGAUGAUGACCAGGUUGCUAAGGCGAAGGAACUCAUCCAGGCCUGCAUUGCUGGAGGUGGUGGCGGUGGAAGCUAUGGUGAGCCAGUCAUCAUGAACGUCCCUGCCGGUGAUGUAAGAAAGCUCAUUGGUCGCGGCGGUAGCAUGAUUCGUGAGCUGCAAGAUAACAGUGGUGCUCGAAUCAACAUCCAAAAGGACGCCGAGGGUGAUACCGUUGAGGUUGAGCUGAAGGGAUCGACUGACUCCACUGCCAAGGCAAAGGAGGCCAUCCAGCAAGUUCUUGCUGGAACUUACAAGAGCACUGGUGGUGACAGUGGCGGCUUUGGUGGCACAAGUUCCUUUGGAGCAAGUACCGGCAGUUCCUUUGGAGCAAGUACCGGCAGUUCUUUUGGAGCAGGUACCGGUAGUGGAUUUGGUGGCGGAUCUGGUGACGGCGGAUUUGGUGGUGGAUCCGGUGGUGGCGGCGGUGCAUCCGUGUCUCUGGAUGUUCCAUCUGACCGAGUUGCCAGGAUUAUCGGUAAGGGAGGCUCACGUAUUCAGGAGAUCCAAGAGGAGAGUGGUGCCCACAUCAACAUUGACAAGGACAGCGAAGGCGAAACUACCAAAGUCACGUUGGAAGGAGAUGACGAUGCGUGCCAGAAAGCCAAGGCCACUAUUAUGUCCAUCAUUGGAGAUUCGGACCGCCCCGCGGCGCCUGUGACUUAUGUCCCCCCUCCUCCGCCUGACGGCGAAGAAGAGAUCUUCAGGAAGAUUGCAACCGGUAUCAACUUUGAUAAAUACGAUCACAUUGCUGUCAAGUUCACUGGAGAGAAUCCAAAUGAACCAAUUAACUUGUUCACUGAGUCCGGUCUGAACCAGAUGCUGAUGGACAACUUGAACAAGGCCAACUACGAACGCCCCACACCAGUGCAGAAGUAUGCAAUCCCUGCUGGCAUCCAGGGUCGUGACUUGAUGGCAUGUGCCCAGACUGGUUCAGGAAAGACCGCUGCUUACCUGCUGCCUGCUAUGCAGAACAUGCUAAGUGAAGGUUUGCGAUCGCCACAACUCGGUGAACCUGUUCACACACUCAUCAUAGCGCCUGUGCGUGAAUUGGCCGAUCAGAUCCAAAAGGAGUGCGUCAAGUUUUCAUACCGGGCCGGCAUCAAGUCCGUCGCCGUGUAUGGUGGUGUGGCCACUGGCCAUCAGAUAGCCCAGCUUGAGCGUGGCUGUCACAUGGUUGUCGGCACGCCUGGCCGUCUCAUCGACAUGAUCGGCCGUGGCAAGAUCAGCCUGUCAAAACUGAAGUUCCUGAUCUUGGACGAAGCUGAUCGUAUGCUGGACAUGGGUUUCAUCGGCGCCAUUCGCCAAAUCGUCAACGACUGUGGCAUGCCAAGGGCUGGCGAUCGGCAGACACUCAUGUUUUCCGCCACUUUCCCUGUGGAGGUACAACAGCUGGCUCGCGAGUUCUUGCACGACUACCUGUUCUUGACGGUGGGUGUACUGGGCAGUGCUGCAUCCGAUGUCAAACAGACCAUGGUGCGCACCGCAGACAGUGAGAAGCGCGACAAGCUGGUUGAAAUCAUGAGUGCCAGCGGUACUGACCGAACCAUGAUAUUCGUUGAAACGAAGCGCAGCGCAGACUUUCUCGCAUCUUUCCUUUCGCAGCAAGGCUUCCCUACAACCAGCAUUCAUGGUGACCGUGAGCAGCGGGAACGUGAAGCAGCUCUGUCCUCGUUUAAGCGUGGUGAGCACCCUUUCCUCGUCGCCACCUCCGUGGCUUCCCGUGGGUUGGACAUCAGCAAUGUUUGCCAUGUCAUCAACUAUGACCUGCCAUCGGAGAUCGACGAUUAUGUCCAUCGUAUUGGCCGUACUGGUCGUAUUGGUCAUACCGGAAAGGCUACUUCGUUCUUCUCAGACAAGGACUCCAGAAUUGCGCGUGGUCUUGUGAAGGUUCUUUCAGAUGCCUCCCAGGAAGUCCCAGAGUGGCUGGAGGGUGCUGCUGAUUCUGCCACUGGCUCUGCAUAUGGCCGUGGUGGUGGCGGCGGCUUUGGAGGCCAGGAUGUCCGUGAGCGCGGUGGCGGCGGCGGCGGUGGCGGCUUUGGAGGAGGACAGGGAGACUUCGGUGGUGGAAGUGGUGGCGGCGGCGGCAGCGGUGAUUUUGAUUGGUGAGCUGCCCCCCAGCAUUGCACGGCCAGCCCAACGAUGAUAUUCAGUCCUACAUUGGCGUGCUGUUAGUACAUGUUGCUGGUCCACAUCCUGAUUGUUCUCGUCACAGCUUGGAAACACACCGUUUCAGCAGCUACUGCGUUGCCUCCUCAUGCUCAACUGCUACAUCUAGUAAUGCACCCACUACUGGUUCUCCUGCGUAGCGCACGAGUUGGAAGGUUGCGUUCUUGCAACGUAUCUUUCUAUCCUCGACAUGCUGCGAUGUGAGAUGUAAGGUUGACUUGGUGUGUCUGCGUUUAGUUAGAAUGUAAGGGAUUUGGUGUGUCCACUCGAGACCCGAUGUUUUUGUAUAUUUCUGUGUGGACCGGAUGGGGUCAUUCUAGUGGACUUGAUUUGUAUGCGUAUGUUUCAGUGUGUGCGUGUGUGUGUGAGAAAGCGUGUGUGUGUGUGUGUGAGCGGCUGAAAGAACUAUGUCUCGUACAGCACAGCAUGCAUGCGCAUACUGUUGAUCAACUGUUGCAGAGGAAGAGGUUUGCGUUUACGUAAUGAUGCAACCACAUUUAGUGAAUGAUCGAGUGCCUGUUUCGUACUGCUUUUGACAUUUUUACACCUUUUUUAUUCGGUAUAUUCUUGGCAGUACUACUCAGUCGGCUCAGCUUUGUGUGUAAUCGUUCCAACUAUGACUUAAUUCUUCGUAUACACCAUGGUCUUCUAGUUCCAUUUGUGUAGACCUGGACCGGCAGUUUUGCACUCCGUUAUUAGUUCCCUCGGUGUUUCUAGCUUUCUGCUCGCUCAGGUCGUGUGUGUUGUUGUUUAGGCGUGGUGUUUCUUUCCACUACUUUGUUCUUACUUUCUGAUCUUCCGCGCUGUAUGUGCUUCUCAACUCUUUCUUGGCUUUUUGUUCUUGUUAGUGUUUUCUAACAUCCUGGUCUUCCUUUCAGCCAUAUGCCGUGGCAUGUGUCUAGUGUUUAGCUUGAUACGCGCUGACUCCUGCGUGGACUGCAAUUGAAAGAAAAAAAACUAUUUGUGUUUUGUUCCCCUUUACCCUGGCUCUAAUGCUCUGAGAAUUGACUACCUAUAAGUCUGCUCUAUAACACAAUGCUUUUCAAGCUUCUGGCGAGAA